UCACAUGAAGAUAAACAGACCCACACCGUGCGCGCACUCAGUUUAGCUAGGCUACGUUACCAAUUACCUCACACUAAUGUAGCGGGUUUUAAAAGGAAAAGUUGCGCUGUUUGUAUGCGCCUAAAGCUCGAAGAAUACACAUUCUUUCUCAUUGACAAACACACACACAGUCGGGAUGGUUUCAUACAAGAGGCUGAAUCCUGAGGAUGUUCAGUUUUCCACCGCAGUGUUGUUGGAGGAGCCUCGCCAUGGUCCUGCACAACAAGAGGUUUCUUCAGGGCAGGAGCCAGAGGAGGCCUCCCUGCUUCCACGGAUGCCGUCGUGCUCCGUCACCACGGGCCUCCUGGUGAUUGGCUGCUUGCUGCUGCUUCUCUGUGGUGGCUGGCUACUGGGCACUAUGUUCUGGAUGCACAAUCCCCCCAGCCAAGAGCCGCACAGACCCCCAGCACCAGCCCCAGCACCAACACCGCAAACGGCAGUGAACAAGACUGCAACUGCCUCCCUCCGGGAGGCUUGCAGUGUGAUCCCGCAGGCGUGGAGGUUUGACUGCUACCCUGAAAGAGGCGUGGUUGUGACCAGAGAGAUGUGUGAAGCAAGGAACUGUUGCUUUAUCCCCGCUUCCUCUCCCGUCUCAUCAGCCGUCCGUCCGUCAGGGAGAAACGGCAUCCCUUGGUGUUUCUAUCCUUCAGAUUUCCCUUCCUACAUGCUUGAGUCAAUAAACGAGACAUCCUUUGGACAAAAAGGUGUACUCGUAAGGAAGGCGAAGACCUACUACCCAGCAGACAUUCUCACGCUAGCCGUGGAGAUACGACAUGAGACAGACACACGGCUACGUGUCAAGAUCACCGACCCUUCCAAUCCACGUUUUGAAGUCCCAAUUUCUGUCCCCACCCCCACCAAGAAGGCAGAAAGUCCAGCCUACAUUGUGGAGCUUUCAAAAGAGCCAUUCGGUCUCAUCGUGAAGAGAAGGUCUACAGGAGCAGUGCUGCUGAACACCACAGCGGCUCCUCUCUUCUAUGCGGAUCAGUUCCUCCAGUUCUCCACUUCUCUGCUCACGCAGUUCAUCUACGGCCUGGGAGAACAUCGCUCUACCUUUCUCCAUGACGUCCACUGGGACACACUCACCAUGUGGGCCAGAGACGUGCCUCCUAUGGAGAAGACCAACCUGUACGGAGCGCAUCCAUUUUACCUUGCGAUGGAGGACGGCGGGACCGCACACGGCUUCUUCUUGCUCAACAGUAACGCAAUGGAUGUGGUACUCCAACCGGCGCCGGCCAUCACCUGGCGGACUAUUGGUGGAAUUCUUGACUUUUACAUUUUCCUCGGCCCCGAUCCUGGUUCAGUUAUUGAACAGUAUGUGGAAGUUAUAGGACAUCCAGCGAUGCCGAUCUACUGGGCUUUAGGAUACCACCUCUGUCGCUGGGGUUACAACACGAGCGAUUCUACCUGGGACAUUGUCAAGAAAAUGCGGAAUUAUGGGAUACCACAUGAUGUGCAGUGGAAUGACAUCGACUACAUGGAUCAGUUUCUGGACUUCACUUUUGACUCAACAAAGUUUGCGACACUGCCUGACCUGGUCAAGGAUCUGCACGCUCAUGACCAGCGAUAUGUCAUGAUCCUGGACCCGGGUAUUAGCAGCACUCAGUCUCAAGGCUCAUACUGGCCAUUUGAUGAAGGACUGAAUAGAGGAGUUUUUAUUAAAGAUGCUGAAGGAAAAACGCUCAUUGGAAAGGUGUGGCCUGGUCUGACGGCGUAUCCUGAUUUCUCUGACAACGUGACACACGAGUGGUGGUAUGAAAACCUCCAGAAGUUCCACGAGAAAGUGCCGUUUGAUGGAUUAUGGAUUGACAUGAACGAACCGUCAAAUUUCCUGGAUGGGUCGACUAAUGGCUGUCCGUCAAACAGUUUAGAAAAUCCGCCUUACACACCUGGCAUACUUGGAGGUUUGUUAAGAGCCAAAACAGUGUGUGCCACUGCACAGCAAAAGCAGUCCAUACACUAUAAUAUGCACAGCUUGUAUGGACUCAUGGAAGCCAAAGCAUCAGCCAACGCUCUGAAGCGGAUCAUUGCAAAGAGACCUUUUGUGAUUUCUCGCUCCACCUUCCCCAGUCAGGGCAUGUACUCCGGUCACUGGCUAGGAGAUAACCGGAGUCAGUGGAAAGAACUUUACACGUCUAUAGCAGGUAUGUUGACUUUUAAUCUUCUGGGCAUCCCGUUGGUGGGAGCAGACAUCUGUGGUUUCAGUGAGGAGACGGAUGAGGAACUGUGUGUCCGCUGGACUCAGCUCGGAGCGUUUUAUCCCUUCACACGCAACCACAAUGCCAUCGACAUGAAGGCUCAGGACCCGACGGCCUUCAGUCCUGUGGCUCGCACGGCCAUGAAGCAGGUGCUGCUGCUGCGCUAUUCUCUCUUCCCUGUCCUCUACACGCUCUUUCAUCACGCACACGUUCACGGACACACUGUUGUGCGUCCACUGAUGUUUGAGUUUCCUAAAGAUACAAGAACCUAUGGGAUUGACAAACAGUUCCUUUGGGGGAAGAGUUUGUUGGUGACACCAGUGUUGGAUCCUGAAGUCGAAAAUGUGGAUGGUUACUUCCCUGAGGGCCUGUGGUAUGACUACUACACGGGUGACUCUGUGCACAGUAAAGGUGAAGUGCUUCAGCUCCAUGCACCUCUAGAUAAGAUUAACCUGCAUUUGCGUGAAGGAACUGUUUUACCAACACAGACGCCCAAUCUGACCCUGUGGGUGAGCACUGGUCAGCCUCUGCACCUGGUCUCGGCUCUCUCUGACGAUGGUUCAGCCAGUGGAGAUUUGUUCUGGGACGACGGCGAGAGCAUUGACACGUACGAGACCAACAAGUACGCCUACAUCAUCUUCAACGUCACUCAGAAGGUGAUGACGUCUCAGGUGCUUCACGGCAACGUGGAGGCCACGUACAUCACCGUGGAGACGGCCUCCUUCUACGGCGUCAAGGAGGAGCCGAGCAGAGUGCUGGUGAAUUCCCAAGAUGCAGCGUUCACCUACAGAGCCAACCAGGUUUUAACAGUUCCAGAUCUUGGGCUCAACCUCAGUCAGAAUUUCACCAUCAGCUGGGUGUGAUGAAUCUCAUAGUUUGAGUGACUGGUUUAACUUGACCCAGUGCUGUAAGUAUUCACAGAGUGACGUUUUUUCAUUGUUUUGGCUCUUUUAAUCCAGAACGUUAGACAUUACAUUGUAACCCAUACACUGGACUUGCACCUGUGCACCUGUGUGUCACUGCAGCAAGCUGACAUGUGCAGCCACCGGAGGUCACUAUAACCACAUUUUCUGCUGCAAAAUUAUUGUCCAGUCAUGUAAUGAUUGGAAACAUUAGUUUCCUGACAGGAAAUGAAUGCCACCUCAGUUUGAAACAACUCUAAGGGUCAGCGAAAGUUGUUUUUUUUUCUGUACAAACGCUGAAGAAAUUGUUAAUUCCAAUAAUUGCUGUGUUACGUUUUAAUGUUGGUUGCUGUCCACGUUUUUAGUUAAAAAAAGUAAGUGAUGGAACAUUUUAGUCAUUUCCUUUCAAUGUCGUGAUGCUGCAAACAUCUCUGAGACAAAAAAAAGGUUAUUUUUACAUGCACAGUUUCAGUUUUUAAAUAGUUUUUUCCUCUACAUUCCCACUAAAAAGCACAACAAUGUUGUAACGGAAACAAAAAAAUUGACAUCUUGGGAAAAUGGGACUCGCUGUGAAGCAUGUGAACGCAUGAUUAUUUUUUCACAUUAAUGAUGUUUUUUGUUCAUUUAAGGUCUAAUGUGUUUGCGCUCACGAUCCAAACUGAACUGUUGCUCCGUCCAAUCUUAAUUAUGGACAGUUUAAUGUCGACAAAUUGAGCAUUUUAUUUCGAUAUAGCUAAAAAGCACAAAAGCAAACACGCCUGUGAAGCUACGAUAUAAACCCUCUGUAUAAACUACAAUAGUUUAGAUGCUGCUUUAAAUGUACGCAAAAAUCUCAGCUUUGGCUUUAGUGUUGAUUUUUUUUUGAAAAAUAAGAAGCAAAUCAGCAGAAGGAUGAUGUGCAAUAAAUCAAAGAUAUUUACUUCCUGAAAAUGUGACCCAAAUCUGACUCUAGUCCAUGAUGUAUAACAUGUGCUUUAAUGCUGUUUUUGCACUGACCAGUACUACAGCAAUGUAAAGGUAGAUACAGGUGCCUUAAGAUUCCUGUUUGCAUGUUUUUGAGUCUUUUUUAAAAUUUUAUUUUAAGGUUUUGUUUUUCCUUUUACAACAGAAAAACUAGUGUGCUGCUUUAACUGCAAAAAUGACAACAAACAAGUGUCAAGUGUAACUGUCGUCCAACUGUGUAGACGUCUGUGAUUACAGGCUGCAGGCUGGAGAUGGUUGUUUGACGUUUACAAGCUCAGUAACUUUGAUUCUGUCUGGAUUUGACCUUAAUGCUGUGCAAAGUAUCUAAAUAUGUAUUAUAAAAUAUAUAUAUAUAUAUGGAUUAUCUGCACCUAAUGAUCAGUGCAUGUGUAAAGUAAAUGACACAAAACCUAAGAAGCAUGUGAAGAUGCAAAUCUAAAUAAACUAGCUGUAUUUCAUCAUGACGCCUUGUGUUUAAAUUUCUCAUUAUAAAAGGAUUAAAGUAAACGUAGAACUUUCAAGGACAAAUAACAGGUGUUUUUUUUCUUCUUCUUUUAAUUGUAAAUGUUUAUUUAAAGUCAUGUUUUGUGCUCUGCUGCUGUGAUUCUAUCUGAAUAAAUUUUUAUUUUGCCUGAA